UUUGAUCGUCUCCUAUAAACACACCCCCAACACCAAACCCUUGUCAGUGCAAAAACAUUAACAUUCAAACACUUGUGAACAACUGUGUUUCUUUUCCGACAGGGAAUAUUCAUGUCUCCCCCUGCAAUCGCGGUGCCAAGCGAAGCCGAUGAGUUCCAGAAAGGAGUGAAGCAUCUCUUCGAGAAUGGAGUUCGUAAACUUCCUAAUAAGUACAUAUUGCCUGUUUCGGACCGACCCAAUGUGGAUAAUGAGAACUCGAAUGUGGCUAAGUCUAGUAUUCGACUGCCGGUGAUCGAUUUCGCCGAGUUACGAGGCCCGAAUCGGUCCCGAGUCCUCGACUCGCUGUCUUCUGCCUGCGAAGAAUAUGGGUUUUUUCAGGUGGUGAAUCACGGCGUCGCCAUUGAUUCUAUACGGAGUAUGAUCGACGUGAGCGGCAGGUUCUUUGGUCUCCCGUACGAGGAAAGGGAGAAGUACAUGUCGACCGACAUGACCUCGCCUGUUCGGUACGGGACCAGCUUUAACCAGAUGAAAGACUCGGUGUUUUGUUGGAGAGAUUUUUUGAAGCUCGUCUGCAAUCCGUUAUCCGAUGUUCUUCCUCGUUGGCCUUCUUCUCCGACGGACUUCAGGGGAGUGGCGGCUACCUACGCGAAUGAAACCAAGUGGUUGUUUUUGAAAAUGACGGAGGCUAUCUUGGAGUGCCUGGGAGGCGGCGCCGCCGCACCGGAAGACGAGGAAAUAUUGAAGCAAUUCGAAGAUGGAAGCCAGUUAAUGGUGGUUAACUGGUUCCCUCCUUGCCCUGAACCUGAACUCACCUUGGGAAUGCCGCCGCACUCCGAUUACGGAUUCUUGACACUUCUUCUCCAGGACGAAGUGGAGGGCCUGCAAAUCCAAUACAAAGGGAAAUGGAUCACCGUCGAACCAUUGGACAAUUCCUUCGUUGUUAACGUCGGUGAUCACCUUGAGAUAUUCAGCAAUGGGAGAUAUAAAAGUGUGCUGCACAGGGUGUUUGCGAAUCCGGCGAAGCCGCGCCUGUCGGUGGCGUCGUUGCAUAGUCUGCCGUUCGAUUGCAUGGUCCGACCGUCGCCUAAACUGAUCGACGAAGAAAAUCCAAGGCGUUAUAAAGACACGGAUUUUGCCACUUUUCUUGAAUACGUUUCGUCUUGUGAGCCGAAGAAGAAGAAUUUCUUGGAGUCUCGGAAAUUGACAUGAAAACCAUUGGAAAAGUGGAACCCAGAAUUAAAUUUCAAGAAGGAAAAAAAAAAACUAAAUAUCUGUGUUGACUUUGGUAUAUUAUCACAUAUUAUAAUUAAUUAAUGUUGA